UGAGCGUCCGAUUUCGUGUUACGUUGCAGCUCCGUUUUGUGCAUCCAUUCACAUUGUGUUGGACACAUUCAGUUGGCUACAGACAUUUUGAUGGAUACAUACACCGUGUUGCAAUGAUCGUCAUUUGCAUAUUCAUUUCGCUAACAGUAAUUUCGGCUGUGAACUAUUUUAAAACUCGUCGAAAACGUGCGCUCAUCAAAAAUCUAAGCGGUCCCUUCUCGCUGCCAUUGGUCGGUUCGGUGCAAAAGCUCUUACUGCUGACGCCGAGAAAUUUUCUCACCAAGUCACGCAAUUAUCUUAACAAGUUCGGCACGCUCUCGCACUGUUGGGUCUUCGAUCGGCUCUUCAUACUCACCGCCGACUAUGAAUUUGUCACACAACUGCUACGCAGCGCCGAUCAUUUGAAUACGGGCUACAACAAUCUGUUGCAACCGAUCUACGGUGUGGGAUUGUUGCGACAAGAUGCCGAUGAAUGGCAGCGGCGCAGACAGUUGGUCAUGCAUGCAUUGCGUCCAGAGAUAUUGACUGAUUUUGUGGAGGUGUUUGCAGCACAAGCACAAACGCUGGUAGAGCGGUUGCGCAGCGUAUGCGAUGGAAAGAGCAGUUUCGAUAUACAACCAUAUGUGGAGAGCGCGGUCUUGGAUGUGCUCAUUGCAAGCGCAGUGGGUGUGGAGAGUAAAGUGGAAAGCGAGCAAGCGCAACCGGCAGUGCAUGGAGAGUAUGCGCAAACUGUGUUGGCUCUCAUCGAACUCUUCACAUCGCGCUUCUUGAGUCUACACUCUGCGAAUUCCACAAUCUAUAGCAUACUCUGUCCGCUAAAAAAGCGUCGUCAACAGAGGCUAUUGAAGACGCUCAGACGCAUAAACAAUGAACUGAUUGUGGAGCAACGCGCUCUAGCAAAAACAACAGUCACGACUGAUAAAUCGAAUGACGCGAUCUAUACAAUCGAAGUGGAUGCGUCACGGCGACUUGACACACUUUUAAAGCAAUUGCUCACAGCGAAUGUGGACGGCUCGUCGUUGAGUGAUGCGGAAAUUUGUGAUGAGCUCAAUACGUUCAUCUUUCAAGGUAGUCUGCUCACACCGGCGGCUAUAUCGUUCACGCUGGUGGCUAUUUCGCGACAUCCAAGCGUACAACAAAAGGUACUCGAGGAGUUACAUGGAGUGUGGCCAAAAGGCACAACCUGUACGUGUACUGUGGAGAGCUUAUCGAAACUGAAAUAUUUGGCAAAUGUUAUCAACGAGUCGUUGAGAUUAUAUCCACCGCAACCGAUAAUCGCGCGCGAUUUGAAUAAAAAUUUCAAUUACACGCAUUCUCACUACAAAGAUGGCGUGUUACCCGCUGAGUCUGAGAUCUACAUAAAUCUCUUUGAAAUGCUCCGCCAGGCAGAGAGUUUUGCUAAUCCCGACUGUUUUCGGCCGGAGCGAUUUAAUUCUGCGGAAAGGGAUACAGAUUUGCUUGCCUGGGGUCUCGGUCCACGGAACUGUGUAGCUAGGAGGUAUACCAUGCUGCUGAUGAAAUCUGUGAUUGCCCAAAUAUUAUUGGCUUAUGAAGUGUUGCCGUUUGGCAAAGAGUUGUGCUUGGAAGUGAAACUGGUUUUGUGUUCUUCGAGUGGUUGGCAAGUGGCUUUGAGAGAGAGAAAUGUUGAUUAGAUAGCUUAGGGUUCAGUAUUUUUUUAUACUGUUUUAUACAAUUUUUA